GAGUACAAAAGUGCCGUCAGUCAAGUGAUGCAAAAGAUUUCAUAUGUUUUUCACAUUUUGCUGAAAGUCAGUUAACAUCCCUAUACUUACAUGCAUAAAACCGCAAUUUUCACACAUGCUCAAAUGCAUCAUUAACGGAAUUACUUAUGCAAAUAAGAGUACUUCUAUACGGGAAAAAGUGUUGCAUAAAUGAAAUUACGACGAGGCUUUGAGUAACACGCAUUAUUAGAAACUGAUAUUCCACAUUACAAUAUUAUCAUUUGAUAACGGUCUGUCGAAUGACAAAGAGUUGAAGGAUUUUUGUAAGAUUAAAAAUGCAGUACCAAAUUCUAUUGCUGACGACCCUACUCUUUUCUCGGGGACAAGUCAUGCGAGCAGUUCCUUUCAUUUCUGCCUUUCUCCAACCACCGCCGCCACUCCAGCAACGCCUACGCCCCCAUCUCUCCUAUCACCACCACCCCAAAUCCCCGAAUUACAAUCUAACACCGAAACGGGAAUCAUCAUCGUCUCCUCCUCCUCAUUACGCCAACCAGAUUACAGGAAAUGGGAAUAAGCUGCAGGUGACAGCUACAAAUAUUGCACGCGACCAACGCCAGCUCUACCCAGAAGAACCCUGCUACUACGGUUAUUAUUGUCAUGAACAACAACCACCUGCAGGAUUCAGCAACAAAAAGCCGGAAGUGGGCAAUCCCGGAUCAAAUUCAAUCACAAAUCAUCACGACCACGAAGAAAAUGAUGAUACGGAUAAUGAUGACGACUCUUAUCAUCAAGACCACGAUGCAGGUCACCGCGAUAGUGACCCCAAGGUCAAAAUCUUUCUCCUCACCCCAUUGUCUCCUAAACAAUUGCGGAACCUUCUUCAUCAUCAAGAACCAAAGCAUUCCAAUCACGGAGAACACAUUGAACAUGAUUAUCCGCACUAUCGUGCGUCAAAUGAGCAGCAAAGAUUUUACCAUCGUCCCCGAUCCGACAUGUUAUUGUACGACUACGCUCAACUUAAACAUGGUCAAAUUCCCAAAUAUGGUAAUCACCACCACCCUAAUCACAGGCAAGAUUCAAAAUCUCUGUUCGGAUUUGAUGAUGCAAAUGGUAACAAUUAUGCUCCCACCAUGUUGUACAAAAAUUAUGAAGUGAGAUCACCCAGCAAAUCUCAGCAUAAUUCUUCUUCUUCUGACAUCUCAUUAAUGUACGCCCCGAGUAUGAGCUAUGGCUAUUACGGCGUGGGCGGAGGUGGUGCUUAAAGAAAAAAGUUGAAUACCACGAAUUUUUGUAAAGUUGUGCAUAGAAAAAAUAAAAUUUUAUGAUUUGGCUGCA